UCAUCAUAUAUUCUGAGAAAUAACCCUCUCAACGUUAACACACAGUUUCAUUUGGGGGGAAAGGGAGAUGAGCUCUUCAUCAAAGUGCUUCUCCGCAGCAGAAACCAAGCUGCUGCUUCUAUUGCUAUGUGCCUGCGCAUCAGCGGUUUUUGUAGAAGCGAGAGUUCACCACCACAAGUGGGAGAUAUCGUACCAGUUCAAGUCGUCGGACUGCUACCGGAAGCUCGCGGUCACGAUCAACGGGCAGACCCCCGGCCCGACGAUCGUCGCCGAGCAAGGCGACACCGUCGCCGUCGAGGUCAAAAAUAGCCUACUCACCGAGAACGUCGCUAUCCACUGGCACGGAAUUCGACAGAUUGGAACGCCGUGGUUUGAUGGAACAGAAGGGGUGACACAAUGCCCAAUAGUCCCUGGGGAUACCUUUAUUUACAGAUUCGUUGUCGACAGAGUAAGUAGUUAUUUUUUUUUUUUUUUUUUGGGUUUAAUUAUUANGGGGCUCAACGGUGUGAUCAAGGUGAUGGUCCCCAAGGGCGUAUCUGAGCCGUUCAAAUACGAUCACGAGCACACCAUACUCCUCAACGAUUGGUGGCACAACAGCACGUACGAACAGGCCGUUGGGCUCGCCUCCGUUCCGUUCGUAUUUGUAGGAGAGCCCCAGUCGCUUCUGAUCAACGGGCGGGGGAGGUUCAACUGCUCCCUGGCGACGAGCGGAACCUGCAACGCGACCAACCCCGAGUGCUCGUCCCCGGUCUUCACCGUCGUCCCCGGCAAAACUUACCGCCUCCGCAUCGCGAGCAUUUCCUCCCUCUCCGCGCUCAGCUUCGAAAUUGAGGGGCACAACUUGACUGUGGUGGAAGCGGACGGGCACUAUGUGGACCCGUUUGUGGUUCAGAACCUGUACAUCUACUCGGGCGAGACGUACUCGGUCCUACUGAAAGCCGACCGCGACCCGACCCGCAACUACUGGGCGGCGUCGCACGUGGUGAGCCGCAAGCCGGCGACCCCGCCCGCGACCGCGAUCAUCAACUACUAUCCGAACCCUCCGUUGCGGAGCCCCCGAUCUGCUCUCCCGCCCGGGCCGGCCUGGAACGACACCCGAACCCGGGUCGCCCAGAGCCGGUCCGUCCGGGCCCACCCGGACCACAUCCAACCGGUCCCGCCCAAACCGGACCGGGUCAUAAUCCUCCUCAACACCCAGAACCGGGUCAACGGUCGCAUGCGGUGGGCCCUCAACAACGUCUCGUACGAGCUCCCGCAUACUCCCUACCUCGUCGCGCUAAAGCACGGGCUCCGCCACGUGUACAACCGGGCCCCACCCCCCGACACGUACGACUACAGGGGCUACGACAUACGCGUACCCCAGAAGAACCCCAACGCGACGACGAGCAACGCGAUUUACCGGGUCGGGUUCGGGUCCACGGUGGACGUGGUUCUCCAGAACGCGAACACGUUGACGCCGAACAACAGCGAGACGCACCCGUGGCACCUGCACGGGCACGACUUUUGGGUGUUGGGGUACGGGUCGGGUAAGUAUAACCCGGGCGCGGACCCGGGGUCGUAUAAUUUGAGGGACCCGAUAAUGAAGAACACGGUGGCGCUGCACCCUAUGGGGUGGACCGCACUGAGGUUCCGUGCGGAUAACCCCGGGGUGUGGGCGUUUCACUGCCACAUCGAGUCCCAUUUUUUUAUGGGGAUGGGGAUCGUGUUUGAGGAGGGCGUGGAAAAAGUGGGGCGCCUCCCAGAAGCAAUUCUGGGGUGUGGUGAGUCCAAGAUUUUGAGGAACCCUUAAGUGAGGGCUUUUGAUUUUGAAUUUAAACUUUUGAUUUUGAUUUUGAAUUUGGUUCAAGAUUUUAGGGAAUGUGGCUUGUAAACUUGUGAGCUGUUGCUUACAAAUUUUUCGCCUAUUUAAUUAAUUGAUUGAUGAUAAUUUUGUUGGA